AUCAACAAUUCACCACCACAGUCUCAGCACAGAUAUCUUCGAAUCGAAUUUAAGGAAUCAAGCUCAAAGCUAAAAGAACUGUUAUCAUGCCACAGGCGAACGGGGUUCAGGCGAACCUCAUCUGUAAUGGAAUAUCUCUGACCGAAUACCCCGGCCUCUCGUCCGAUCCUAACACGGUGUUGUGCGAAUCUACGCCUGGCCAAACUUUUGAGGUAGAGUUCUUAGGACCGGAGGCACCUUCAGAUUGCGUAGUCAAGCUCUACUGUGAUGGCGUCUGCAUGGAUAGCUAUGUGUACCCUCGAAAUCAGCUUAUGAAAGCGACUUUUCGUGGUAUCUAUCUUCCGAACGAUGACGCAACAUUAUUACCAUUCAAGUUUGCGAACGUCGAGCUUUGUGAAGAAGAUGACAGUCACCCAGAGCAAAUUGUCAAAAAUCUUGGCACUGUGUCUCUGGAGGCCUUCCGUUGUACCUUGGGUCCCAGGAAACCAAAUAGUGAUAGUGUUAUUCCAGCAGUCGCAUCAAACAGCAAAUUCUCUGAACGGAACAAGAAAGCCAGUAUGAUUCCACAUACCAUCGGUCUUGGACAAUCGAUCCCUGCCUCAAAAAAGCGAUCUUCGAUGUGUCGUGCUACUCAUAACCUGGAUCCCACACCCUAUCUGCGAUUUGUGUGGCAGUACAGGUCUCGCAGUAUGCUGAUCACUUCUGGCGUCAUUCCUCGGCCUGUUUCACCUCCAAUUACACAUCAAAAUGACGAACCAAGACCAGAGGAACAGGAACCACGUAUAGAGGCGCUCAAGGAUCUCAAGCCCGACAUCAAGCCAAAGCCCAUCGGCAGUAAGCCUCUGGUGAUCGAUCUUUGCGAUGACAACCAAACAUCUGCAUUCUUUUCUAGUAGUAUUGAUAACCCGAUCAUUCUUGAUGACGACGAUGACGAUUCGCCCAUUCAAUCAUCCAAAAAUGUAGCUCAAGCUGGUAGUAGUUCAACCCAGCAAGGUGAUAUCAAACCUGUGAAGAUUGAGUCAAAGAUGGCUGCUGGCGGGCAACGCAAUCAAUCGAUCAUAGCUAUUGAUGGGCCACCUAAUCAAACAAAACGAGCCCAAGGUGGGAUUGAAGUUGACCAAAGUGAUCCAAAACGUGCAAAGUUGACAAUACAGUCUGUGACAUUGAAUGACUCGGAUGAAGAUCCAGAUGAUGAAGAUUCGGCUUGAUUAUCUUGGUCUAAUUCCUCUCGAGAAAAUUUUCAAAUCUCUUCAAGUUUCAGAAACCAUCAAUCACUUGAUUUUUCAAACUUUAAAAUGUGUGAUCAUCUUGUUCCCCCUCUCACAAAACCUUGUGAUCCUUCAAUGCCAAUCUAUCCCUAUAUACGUCUAUCGUAACGCUUUACACCCCGAAACCCAGCUCAUGUUUCUAAUUUUUCAUAUUUUGUUAUCACACCUGCUCGUUUCUACCCUUUGGUGCUCGUUAAAGGACUCUUGAAUUGUAAUUUUCCUUAUCUGUUUCUAAAAGGAUGUAUUCGCUUUAUGUCUGAUAUAUAAAAUCCAACACAUUGUGGAUCCUAUAGACUUCAC